AAAAAACAGUGAUUACACCGGAUUAAACACGUCAGUUUGGUUUUGUUGAUUUUGCUGCUGAAUCAAGAACUUAUAUUGUCAUGGCGAAAUCCUUUAAAAGUACGCGAAGUUUAACUGGUGGCGAUUACAAGCAAAAGUUAUAUUUCGUGCCCUGUGCUGAUAACGAACCGAAAGUGGGUCACGAAAUCUCGGAACCUGCGAUUUUUCGUUUUUUACUCAACGAAGAGACAAUGGGAAAAUUCGAUGAAGCUGAUGAAGUUGAAAUCGUCAAAAUGUUGGACGUUUUAAAAGACAUCGACAAACCAUCGAAAAUCACUCAAGUCGAAGCCUACCAAAGCAGCAUGAGGAAAAUGACAGAUGCAGUCAAAGCAUAUCACGUUUUCAUUGUUUUUAAAUCGACAAGUGAAACAGCAGACGAUGGAAUCCACUGGUGGUCGUUGGAAAAAAACUCGGAAUACAUCGUCUUGCAACGAUCACGCAACCAAAAUAACGUCAUAAACAAUUUGGAAGGCAAACAGCGAAAAAAAGUUAAGCCCAUUUUAAAAGAAUUGGUAGGAAAAGGUACGAUUAAAGAUCUUUUUGCAAUUCUUUGGGCCCAUCAGAUGAUUCCAGAAAAGUACAACAUCUUGUACUCAAACUGCCAGUUCUUGGUCACUUUCGUCGGCGAACAAAUUACCGAAAUAGGAUACAAAUUCAAGGGGUAUUUCAAGUACUAUCCUCCUCCUGAAAAAGGCCGGGACAAACAAAUGUUGGAUUUAAUCAACGUCAUAACAGGUUGUUCUGAUUGGUCCCCUUUAUUCCAUCUCAUUAAAAUGGGAAAUACCGAUCUUGUUGAUAAAAUAGUAGCGAGUGGCAAGUACGACAUCAACGCCUCCUGCAAUGGACUUACUCCUCUUCACUUAGCCAUUAAGUUGAAGAAAACCAAAAUGGUCAAACAUCUUCUCGAACAUCCAGCAAUGAAUGCCGAUCCCACAAAACGUGACGCAUUCGGGAAGAGCGCCCUUCUAUUUGCUGUCAGCAAGUACGGAACAAAUGCAGAGAUCAUCGAUUUGCUACUGGCACAUGACAAAGUCAAGGUGGACGAUGUAGACGAACACGGACGAACGGCUCUCCAUUUGGCCGCUGAUCGAUCCAACGUCGUCGCUGUUCGAAAAUUAAUCGAAAAAAGAGCCAAUCCCAAUAUUUACGACAAAUGGGGUCAGUCUCCACUUCAUGUGGCAGCUGAGCGAAGAGACCUUAACGAGAUCAUUGAUUUGCUCCUAGUUCACCCAAAAGUCAAAGUUGAUGAUGUAAACAAAUACGGACAAACUGCGCUUCAUGCUGCCGUUUCUGCAUCCAACGUCAUGGCCGUCGAACACUUGAUAAACAAAGGAGCCAAUCCCAAUGCUGAAGACAAAUGGGGUGAAUCUCCCCUUUUAGUGGCAGCAGGGCAAAGAGAUGGUAUCCCUAUCAUUGAUCUACUCCUGGAGGCUAAAAAUGUCAAAGGAUUGGGCGAUGUCAACGAUGCAAAUAAACAAGGGAGGACUGCACUUCAUUACGCCGCCGCCUAUUCCAAUGAAAUCACGGCCGAGCAUUUAAUCAAAAAGGGAGCAGAUGUCAAUUGUCGAGCCAAUGUUGGCCUUACUCCACUUCACUAUGCUGUACUUGGUGCAAAAGACAUGAAAAUCAUCGACUUGUUAUUGCAGAACAUUAACGAAGGAGAUAUUAGACAGUAUAGAAACGAUAAAAGACUUUUCUUCUUCGCCAGGCAUAACUUGCACGGACUAGGCAAUUCAAUUCUUGAUCGGUUGGUGGAAAAGGGCAUACAACCUCCGUGUACUGAAACUGACCAUUGUACUGGAGAAUCCGGCCUCAAUACUCGCCGUUUUGUAGACAAAGGCGCCGAUGAUACUUCAAUUGACUUGACGGGAUUUGAUGGACUUAAUUUCUUAAUAACGCGAGUCAAGAAAUCACAGGAAAUCGACGAAAUUCUGAAAGAUGAAGAUUUUGAUAUCAACGGCCGCAAUCAAAUUGGUGAAACUCUUCUUUUAGUUGCAAUACUCGGAAACAACGUGAAUGCGGUUAGACGUUUGCUGGAAAGAGGAGCCGAUCCCACCAUACGAGACGAAGAAAGCUACACUCUGAUUCAUGAGGCAGUGUUCAACCAUACAGAUUCCGGUAUUAUAAAUUUACUUCUGGAAAGUGGAAAAGUUGACAUCAAUGAAACAGACCCUAUAUAUGGAGUGACUGCCCUCCACAUGGCAGUCAGGGACUCCAACACAGCUACAGCAGGAUUUCUUUUAUCAAAAGGAGCCAACCCCAACAUCGCUAAUAAAUAUGGAUAUACGCCACUUCAUUAUGCGGCCAGUUGUGCAAAAGACAUGGACAUUGUCGAACUACUCCUCAAUCACAAAGAUGUCGAUGUCAACUUGAUGAACGAAGACGUAUCUAGUGCGCUAUGUUAUACAAAGUACAACGCACACGGGCACGGCGAAAGAAUUGCCAAUCUGUUGAAAGAGAAAGGCGCAGUGGAAAGAGAAAACGGACUGCCCCAUAGAAACAAUGAUUCCUUAGAAAAACUACUGCGUACUUUCAGCCAUACACAGCCCGACGAAAUUGAAAACCUUUUGAGUGACAAUACAAAGACAAUGGAGGACAAAAUCUCUAAAUUUUCGGAGGAAAAUUUGAUUUCAGUAAUUAUGAAUUCGGACGUAGAAACACUUUGUCGACUAUUGAAAAAUGGAGCAGAUAUCAGCAGGGGAAAAUAUGGAAAAUAUGGAAAGAAUGCGCUUCAUUUGGCAUCACGUUAUGCAAAGACGACUGUGGUCAUCGACGCCAUUCUGGAAACGGGAAAAUUUGACAUCAACGGCGUUGACAAUCGUGGAUGGACACCUCUCCAUUUGGCAAUUUUGGGAUCUAAUGCAGUAAAAAAUGCUCGUCACCUGAUUGGAAAAGGAGCUGAUCCCAACAUUGCCGACAAGAAUGGAGUCACCCUACUUCAUUUAGCGACCAUAUUUGCAGAGACUACAGAACUCAUCGACAUCUUUCUGGAAACUGGACAAUGCAACAUCAACGGAGUCGACAACGAUGGAAGGACACCUCUCUAUUGGGCAAUUGAAAGGUACGCCCCUGUUACAAUCAAUGUUCGUCGUCUAAUUAAAAUGGGAGCCGACCCAGGCAUCGCUGACAAGAAAAGAGUCACACCUCUUCACGUGGCAGCGAAAAAUGCAAAAUCGAUGGACCUCAUCGAAGUACUCCUUAACACUGAAGCGGUGAACGUGAAUUGUGUCGACAAUCAAGGCCGCACUCCUCUCGCUUGUGCUCGAGACAACAAACACGGACUAGGCGAGAGCAUUAUCGAUCGUCUGAAGGAAUAUGGCGCAAAGGAAUAGUCAGAAAAUAAAAUCCUCUUUAUCUUUCUAGUUUCUCCCAACUCCUUAUAAAAG